AUUUUAACUGAUGUAUUUAUUGUUACAGCAAGGGCCAACAACUGGCCACCUCUUCCAAAAUCAUUCUGUGUUGGGCCUUGUUUUUAUCAAGAUAUUGCUGUAGAUAUUCCAUUAGAAUUUCAGAAACUAGUAAAGACCAUGUACUAUCUUUGGAUUUAUUAUGCUUGUGUUAUGUGUCUGAAUAUGUUAGCUGCCUUAGCUGUUCUGAUUUCUGGUGGAGGUACUGCUACAUUAUUUGGAUUUGCGCUUUUGGCAUUUUUGUUGUUUACACCACUGUCGUUUGUGUGCUGGUUCAGGCCUCUUUACAAAGCUUUCAGGUCCGACAGUUCAUUUAAUUUUAUGGUAUUCUUCUUUAUUUUCUUCUUUCAAUUCAUCUUAUCCCUCAUAUAUGCAAUUGGAAUUCCAGAUUUUGGAUCAUGUGGCUUUAUUGUUGGAAUAAAGGCAAUGGGAGAAAGUAAAUUGGCUGGGACUGUGGCUUUACUUUUAGCAGUACUUCAUUCUGUAUUUGCUGGAGCAUCACUUUUUUUACUUCUCAAAAUUCAUCGGAUUUACCGUGGUACAGAGCACAGUUUUGCCAAGGCUCAGGAAGAAUUUACAAGCGGAGUUCUUCGUAAUCCACAUGUUCAGAAUGCUGCAGCCGGUGCUGUUGCAGGAGCUGCAAGACAAGCCAUGAGUCAAUCAUUUAGUGGUCGGAAUCCAUGACAAUAUGACACUUUUUAAAGGAAUUUCAGAUGAGGAAAUGAAGAUUAUUUGCAAGAGAUUAAAUGGAGGUACAGCACACUACAUUUUACCUUGGAUCUUCUCACCAAAAACAAGACUACUGUUGUGACUUCAUACUAACUUUCAUAAAAACUCUCGUUAAGGACUGAAUUAAUGCAUUAUGCUUUUGCUAUUUUGCAUCUUAUUUAAGAGUGGGUAAAUGUAUAAAACUGUCCCAUUCAGUAAAUAUAUUAUUAAAAUAAUUCACAGUAUUCAGAUAUAUAUAUUAAUUUUAAAUUUUGAUUUGCCAGAGCAUUUGCAUUUCAUCGUGGAACAGUCAGUGAGUAAAUAAUAUAUUACUAUAAAAUAGAAUUCUUUCAUACUUUUACAAAUGUGUUUAUUAAGAAAUUCAAAAUUUUGUAUUAGAAAUAACUGAAAAGAAGCAGCUUUAUAUUUAAAACUUCUAAAAAAAUAUAAAAUAAUGCUAUCCUGAAUAAAAUAAUUUUAAGCUAUCAAUCAUCCAAAGGAGAUAAUUUUUAAAAAUCUGUAAUAAUCACAUAACUGAAAUCACUCCAUGAAAAGCAUUUAAGUGAUUAAGAAAAAAGUUAUUUCAAAAAUUCUUACCUGUACUGAAAUGUAAAAAUACUGAGCGAAAUGUUAAAAAUUUCCAUAAACUAAGUUUAUGAUGAUUUAUCAGUAACAUUGAUUGUGCUUUUGAAGUUUUACUAAAACAAAAAUAAAUGCUUUAUUCAGAUUUACAAGAAAACGAAUCGUACUUUUGAAUGCAACACAAAAAAAAAGUUAUAAAUUUUUGUAUAACUUCACCUUGAUUCAUUACAUAAUAGCACGAAAGACCUAUAUUAUCUUAGUGUGGUACGAUUGAAGUUACUUCUUCAUACAACAGAAUUCUGUAUUUUAAUGUGAAUAAGUAGAAUAUAUUUUCAGAUUAUCAAACAUAUUUUAAUACAAAGAAAGCAUUCACCUCAUUUCUUCUAUAGUUUAAUAGAAACAUUUUUAGUAUAUUCUAUAUAAAUCCUCCUUAAACUUUCUACUUGUCUGGUCUUAUGAAGUAUAAAUUUUUUUAAUCUGUUUCAGGUGAAACUAAUGUAAUUUUACAUGUAAUACUUUAAUUUCAUAUGAUUUUUGAUUUCAUCCCACUUGCAUAUGUAUGAUGUGGCAGCUCUUAAAAUGAUUGUUAUAAAAUUAAAAUAUUCCUAAUAAAUACAAGGUGUAUAUAUUCAGCUACUUUAACUUACUUAUUUGGUAGUUAAUUACUUUAUAGCCUUUUGUAGUAAACAAAUUUACGAUGAAAUAAAUUGUAUUAUUUUUAUCUGUAUUUGUCUUACCUAUUUUUCUUAUUAAGCCAUUAAAUUAUUUUAUGUAGGUUUAAAAUUUUUCUUCUUGUCAAUUGUUGAGUGUUUGAAAGCAGUGUUUUGUCUGUCCACUGAUGAGCUUUGAUGUAUGUAUAUCUUAAGAUCAUUUUAAGAAAAUAAAAAUUGUGAUAAAUUUCAAA